CACACAGCCGGAGGAGUUCAACUAUGUCUUUUCCCAGGACUGUUUUAAACGACUCUGUCAUCAUUCAUCCUCCAGGCUUCUACAUCAUCGGAUUUCAGACGAUUCCCUUCGUCAGUGUCUACUUCAUCUUCCUGGCGCUCGUCUAUGUGGUCACGGUUCUGUUCAACUGUUUGGUGAUCUACGUGAUUGCCUCUAAUCGUUGUUUGCACACUUCGAAAUUUCUGGCCGUGGUCAACCUCGCGGUGAUCGAUUUAAUCCUGAACUCGUGCACUAUUCCCAGCAUGAUGAAGCUAUUUCUCAUCAAGGACAACUUUGUUCCAUUCGACCUUUGUCUCGUGCAAAUGUAUGUGUAUUACACGUUUGUCUCAUUGGAGUCAUAUGCACUUGCUAUUCUUGCCUAUGACCGGUUGAUCGCAAUUUGUUUCCCUUUGCGGCAAAACUCGAUCAACACACUGCAAAACAUGUCUUGUAUUGUCGGCCUGACUUGGUCCUUUGCUCUGGGAGUGACAGCGUUUACAACAGGUAUAAUGACUCGACUGUCUUUUUGCAAAUCCGUCACAGUCUUCAGUUAUUUCUGUGACUAUGCGCCUGUGUUUCGACUCGCCUGUAACGACUACACGAUGCAGUGGUCUGCAGCUUCUGUUCUCACCAUUUUGAUUAUUGUUGGACCAUUUACUUUUAUUCUUCUGUCUUAUGUCAGCAUCCUGGCCACAGUGUUCAGGAUGAAGUCACUGGACAAUCGCUCGAAAGCUUUGGCCACGUGUGUGGAACACGUCAUUCUUGUCGCUGUAUUUUACAUUCCUCUUCUCGUCAUUUUCACGAUUGGAUUCUAUCUGGGAGUCAUUGACCCGGACCAGCGUGUGCUGAGCCUGUCGCUGGCCUCCUGCGUCCCACCCUGCGUCAAUCCUAUUGUGUAUUCAUUAACAACUAAAGAGAUAAAAAUCAGAACCCUGGCACUGGUCAGAAAAGGCGAGAGGGUCCGAAAAACACAGCAAUAACUGUUAUCAUCUUAUAAUCUAUGUCAACAGAAAGGGGCCAAAUGCUACUGUACAAUUAUUAAUCAUCUUUUAUUAUGAUUGAAUUAAAGUUGUGUCAUAUACACCAAUCCCCUUGGCUGUGGUGAGUCAACUGAUGACUCAAAGCCUUGUAUUUGGUUCAUGUGAAUAACUGAUGACAAUGAUAAUUUAACAGGUUAUUUUAAGCACCUUCAUGUGACGUCUGGCUGUAGCUGUUUGCCAUAUGGUGUUAUGUUUUGCCAUGUAUCGGACUUCCCACAGACAUUGUUAUUCAUCGU